UUUCAAACUGGAGAAAAUAUUAGCCGGUGUAGAUUCAACGCCAGGAGUGUCAGAAGAAUGGGGCUCUGGUUGGAAAGGUACAAAUUUCAUAGUGGAAAUCGAAGAGACUGCAUCUGCCUCACCCAUCGACACAGACUAUUUGAACAGUCGAGAAGAUAUUGUCAGUACAGAGACAGUGAAUGCCACAAAUAUGAUGACACAAGGACCCAAAAUCAUAGUACGAACCGAAGAAGUGCUCAUUGUUGGCUUGGUGCUGAUGCUAUGGGUCGGUGCCAUUGUUCUAUUCUUUAAUCGUUGGGGUAAAAUACGAAUGUUGGAACCUUAUCAACCGAAAUUUCAACAACAACAUCGAGCUUCCUGUCCAUUAUCGGAUAUUGACUCAAUAGCACCACAUCAGCGCACAUCGGUUUCUCGCAUGUCAAUGGGUUUUGUGAAUAAUGUAAAAAAUAUGCCAUGUCAAUUUAACGCUUAUAAUAAUCCAACGAUAUACCCCAAAGGUUACAUAGCCCAGAGUCGACCACGUCAAAAUUCGGUAUUUGUGGGACCAAGUCCAAAUCAAUUUUUGAUGCCAAGACCGCCUCGAAAAACACGUUCAGCAAUGGAUUUACAUUCGAUGAUAUUGGAUGAGACGGCAGAGCAGGUGUAA